AUGGAGAAGUACCAGGCGCUGGGUCUCGUGGGGGAAGGCAGCUACGGGGUGGUGACCAAAUGCCGAAACAAAGACAGCGGGCAGAUUGUUGCGGUCAAGAAGUUCCUGGAGAGCGAGGAUGACGCCACGGUGAAAAAGAUGGCCCUGCGGGAGAUCAAACUGCUGAAGCAACUCAGACAUGAGAAUCUCGUGAACCUGCUGGAAGUGUAUAAAAAGAAGAAACGGUGGUAUCUGGUGUUUGAAUUUGUGGAUCACACAGUGCUCGAUGACCUCGAGGCAUUUCCAAAUGGACUGGACUACAGCAGAGUUCGGAAAUACUUAUUUCAGAUAAUAAGAGGAAUAGCCUUUUGUCACAGUCACAAUAUAAUACAUCGGGACAUUAAGCCAGAGAACAUUUUAGUCUCCAAUUCCGGAGUUAUAAAACUGUGUGAUUUUGGAUUUGCCCGCACGCUAGGAGCUUCAGGGGAAGCUUACACAGACUAUGUGGCAACCCGAUGGUACAGAGCUCCGGAGCUGCUGGUGGGAGACAUCAAGUAUGGCAAGGCUGUGGACGUGUGGGCUAUCGGCUGCCUGGUGACAGAAAUGCUGACAGGAGAGCCCCUGUUCCCUGGAGACUCUGACAUCGACCAGCUCUAUCAUAUCACCAAGUGCCUGGGCAAUUUAAUUCCAAGGCACCAGGAGCUGUUCCAUAAAAAUCCCCUCUUUGCUGGUGUGAGGCUGCCUGAAGUGAAGGACAUCAAACCUCUGGACAGACGAUAUCCCAAGCUGUCUGCUGCAGUGCUAGAUCUAGCAAAGAAAUGUUUGCAGAUUGACCCAGACAAAAGGCCUUCCUGUGCUGAACUCUUGCAAUGUGAUUUCUUUAACAAGGAUGGAUUUGCUGAAAGAUUUGCUCAGGAGCUUAAAUUAAAGAUUCAGAAGGAUGCCAGAGACCAUCAAUUACAAAAGCAAUCAAAACUCAGUAAAAAGGACAAAGAGGAUUGUUUGGGAGAAGAAAGAAAAAUGCUUGCUAUCAAGGAUUUCAACAUUGAGCCAAGGAGCAGAGAGGCCAAGCUGUUCAAGGAGAAGCGCUCCAGAGCAGAUGCGGAGCAAGCGGAGCGACCUUCCAACCUGAGCUCCUUCUACGACAGUGCACUCAACCCCUUUAAAAUAGCUCCUCACACCAGCCUGAAGGACUCCAGCAGCAGCUUGGACUAUGCCAAGAACGCAGGCAUCGUCAUUCCUCCCAUCAACCAGAACCUUUCCGCCACAACAGCCGGGCUGAGGAUCACUGCUGGGAUGGGACCCGUGCCUGCGAACCGUAGCUAUAGAGUUGAGGAGAAGAAUAAAACAUACUUGAACCCAUUUCUAAAGCGAGGAAAACAUUCUCCAGCAGGCCAUUACAGUGUCAGCUUAACAUCGGUUUCUAAUGAAAAAACAAUCCUUCCAGUAAAUAAGAAAAAAUGGGAAUUCUCCAAGACUGAUGUGCGUUUGCCAGAGCUCAAUCAUCUCCCUGAGCUGAGAGCAGUGGAAGCAUGGAAUCCCAGACUGCACAAAAAGGAGAACAAAACCGUUUCGGAAUCCCGUAUCCCCUCCCUUGCUGCCAUUGACCUGCAUAACCCAAAUCUGGCUUCACAGCAGCUGUCAGGGACUUUGAUAUCGGAUACAUCGGAAGCCGCCUUCCCCAGGGUCGAGCACUAACCUGACAGAUUGUGGUUACACCUGCCAAUAACUGGUGGCUGAAAGAGUGGGAAGAGCCCUGCGGAGGCUCCGGAUGCUGAUGCUGCAGGGCUUGUGCAGAGGAGAGCAGGUUGCCUUGCUCCGCUAGCGCCAGGGCUGCCGUGGGGUGCAGCUCGGGGCCGGCUUGCGGACACAACGCUCGCUGCUGCUGCAUUUCUUGCAUGCAAAAUGCAGUGUGACCUCCUGGCUUAGGGCCGGGUUGUGACUGAAGCUGCUCAGAAAGGAAGCAGUGGCUACUGGCGUGUGACAGGGAGUGGCUUGGAGGGUUUUUUGAAGAGGAGAGUGUUUCCUUUUGUCUAACCACUGCUCUCCCAAAGGGCUGUUAUUCAAAGAAAGCAAAGAGCUGCUGAAUUUGUUCUGUCAUGGUGAGCUACCAGGUCUGUAUUGAAAAGCAUCCUUGUCUUGACAAAAACGCCCAUGGAAAGUCCUUGUGGAAGAAAGAUGAUGUCAAACAUCCUAAUGUUUCCUUAGAGAUCCCUGUUAGAGCUCAGGAGCAUGGGCCAAGUUGGGCUAGGUUCCUUUUCCCUGGCUCCCUCCUCUCCCUGGCUUUGCAGCGAGUUUUCUUGCCUACAACCCUCAGCAGUGAUGGGAGGGGAAAAAGGGAACGGCU